GCGUGCGCGCUCCAAAGCUCUAGCAGAACUGAGUCUCAAACUGGAGGCACUGGAGGGCCCUGAGGCCUCGCGUGGGCCGGAAGUGCUGGCGGAUGACGAGGAUGAAGAGGAGACGCUGCCGCACUCUGAGGCCGUGGACGUGUUCCAGGAGGGUCUCGCCAUGGUGGUGCAGGAUCCUCUCCUCUGCGACCUGCCGAUCCAGGUUACUUUGGAAGAGGUCAACUCCCAGAUAGCACUAGAAUAUGGCCAAGCAAUGACAGUCCGAGUGUGCAAGAUGGAUGGAGAAGUAAUGCCUGUGGUUGUAGUGCAGAACGCCACGGUUCUAGACCUGAAGAAGGCCAUUCAGAGAUAUGUGCAACUCAAACAGGAGCGUGAAGGGGGCGUUCAGCACAUCAGCUGGUCUUAUGUGUGGAGGACAUACCAUCUGACCUCUGCGGGAGAGAAGCUCACCGAGGACAGGAAAAAGCUCCGAGAUUAUGGUAUCCGGAACCGGGAUGAGGUGUCCUUCAUCAAAAAGCUAAGGCAAAAGUGAACCUCAAUCAAGGACAACUUUAUUCAUGGUGGUUGAGCUUUCCCCAGCAAGACGGAUUCCUUCUAGUCACUGUCCUCAUAAAAAGGGAGUCAGAGCCAGGUGUGGUGACACACACCUGUAAUCUCAGCACUCAGGAGUGUGAGGCAGGGGGAUCAUGGUGAGUUCAAGACCAGCCUGGGCUACAAAGUAAGCUCCUGGCCAGCCUGAACUAUAUAGCAAGACCUUGUCUCAAAAAGACCAAAAGAAAGAAAGAAAGGUGUUGGGGUGACUAUAUCCAGUAUGCUCAGCAGGAAGUGUCAGUGUGUUCAGCGUGACUCCUGGGCCCCUAAGCUUAGAUCCAGGACAGUGCAAGCCUCUGUGUCUGCUUACCUGUGAACUUGAUCUAACCUUGUCAUGGACUUAAAAACCCUGAGCACAGGGCUGGAGGCCUGGCCUUAUCCUUAUGUGUACAAAUAAACCUAUUUGUUUCAUAUUUUGAA